ACAAAAAUGCAUUAUCUUUCUUUUAUGGCGUCAAGAUUACAAUUUGGGCCGCUUACUGUUUUUUAAAAAAGAUAAUAAGGAAUUGUUAGUCCCAGACUGACGUCACGGACGGCCCCACAACAGCGCAGCGCGACGCCCCAAACUGGCCUUGUUCCGUUUCGUUUGUGCCGCCGCAUUUCUACCUUUUCAAGUAACGGUAGCUCUUUCACUUUUUCACUCUCACGCCCGGGGGAGGGGGAGGGCUCGUGUGGGAGCACUAGCGAUUCCGUCAGAGUCAAUGUUUCACAUUCCAAAAUAUACAUUUCUUGUCGCCGCGAGCAGCUCGCACACCCGCCCCGCGCGCGUGCGGACAGAUGCGCACAUCUCCGCUCGCUCGCUCGCUCGAUCGCUCACUCACUGGAUGCGCGUGACAGUUUAGUAGCGUGAAGCACCUCCGGGGGCGGCGCUCUUCUUCCGCGCUCAGUCAGUGCCGUACGAAGGGGAUUGUGAGCGGCGGUGGGUCCUGUUGCUCCUCGGGAUCCAGCCCCCUCGCCAUGGAGCGCCAGAGCACAAACCCUCAGGCCGGACUGCAGCCACACCACCAGAAUGGUAAUAAAAACCAAAGUACAGAAGUGGAGGAUGAACCACUGCUGAAAGACAAUCCGAGGCGCUUUGUCAUCUUUCCCAUUCAGUACCCAGACAUCUGGAAGAUGUACAAACAGGCACAGGCCUCCUUCUGGACUGUAGAGGAGGUGGAUCUGUCAAAGGACUUACCCCACUGGGACAGACUGAAGACAGAUGAGAAACAUUUCAUCUCCCAUGUGCUGGCUUUCUUUGCAGCAAGUGAUGGCAUUGUCAACGAGAACCUUGUGCAACGGUUCAGCCAGGAAGUACAGAUCCCAGAGGCGAGGUUCUUCUAUGGCUUUCAGAUCCUCAUUGAGAAUGUGCAUUCUGAGAUGUACAGCAUGCUAAUCAAUACCUAUAUCAGAGACCUGAAGGAAAGGGAAUAUUUAUUCAACGCCAUCCAUACCAUGCCCUGUGUGAAGAAGAAGGCAGACUGGGCUUUGCAAUGGAUAUCAGACAAUAGAUCUACCUUUGGGGAACGGUUGGUAGCCUUUGCUGCAGUGGAGGGAAUCUUCUUUUCUGGGUCCUUUGCGGCAAUCUACUGGCUGAAGAAGAGGGGUCUCAUGCCAGGGCUCACAUACUCCAAUGAACUGAUCAGCAGAGAUGAGGGUCUGCACUGCAACUUCGCCUGCCUCCUGUACAGCUAUCUCGUGAAGAAGCCGUCAGAAGACAGGGUGAAGGACAUCAUUGCCAAAGCUGUCAGCAUCGAGCAGGAAUUUCUCACAGAGGCUCUGCCUGUCAAACUUAUUGGAAUGAAUUGCUUUUUGAUGAAGCAGUACAUCGAGUUUGUCGCUGACCGUCUGCUCGUGGACCUUGGAUUAUCCAAACUGUUUCAUGCAGAAAACCCCUUUGACUUCAUGGAGUCCAUUUCACUGGAAGGGAAAACCAACUUCUUUGAAAAAAGAGUUGCAGAGUACCAGCGACUGGGAGUCAUGUCAAAUACCAUGGACUGUGAAUUUACCCUAGAUGCGGACUUUUAAUGUCAAACCAUGGUCAUUUUAAACUGUUGUAUUUUGGUCUACAGUGUUUUAAAAAGCUUAUUUGAGAGCUUUAACGAGAAGCUUAGAGAAUGCCUAGUUGGCAGCCACAUAACUUAUUUGAAGAAAGCUUACUCCAUUGAUAUUGAGUUACAUGUUAUAAAUCUUAAAUCUAUGUUUUAUAUUAAAGGGACUGUUGAUAA